AUGUGCAAUGAGUUAUACAUUGUGGAGAGUGUUGGGUGUGCAUCCUCUUCACUGCACUCUAUUACUACCAUGAGAAUAGUGGAGAUAGGGAACGAACUGCUGUACUCUGAGGUGCUGGUUGACAAAGAAGGAAGAAUUCCGAUUUUUAACAUAAUCGAUAGAAACUCGAAGAUACAGAAGAAAGGAGUAAUUGUGAUGGACAGAAACAGGUACCAGCUCGGAAGAGAGUAUUUCCUGGACAGAGAGAGCAGGCCCACAGGCUAUGGGCUGAACAUCAACGGAAGCAUCUACGUCCUGAAGUACCGAAUGACAGGGACAGAGUACACCAGGGCAUACUUUUCCGAAACAGAAAUAAUAUUGAAAAACGAUCAGCCAAAAACAAGCCCCAGGAUAGACACAAACGACACAUCGCAGAAGAUAUCAAUCUAUCCAAACCGGUCAAAAGAAAGAAUAAUAAGCAUAGACGUAGCAGAAUGCACAAAAAAAACAACAGAAAUACACACGAAAAUAAUAAACAGCCCAGAGUCAAUAAUCUACAUCCUAGGCGUCCACGGAUACAAAAUAGAUAACGGAAUAGACAAGAAAGUAUCGCUGGUUCUGAUCAGCAGCAAUAUAACGAGCGAGCAGGUGAUGCAGUGCAUUAUCAAAUACAACAUGUACAUCUCUACUGGGGUAAAAGAGAUAGUGGAUGUGAAAAAAAGCACGGUGAUUGAGUCCAACUAUUUCCUGCAGGAUAUGCAGAUAGGGAGGCCUAUACUGACCAGCCAGUCAUUCUACUACGAUCUUCUGUACCAUGUUUUGCUGGAGCACAGAGUGCUGAUUGUGUCGCAGGACCACAACGUAAUAGUAAACUACAUACAAAGCAUACUCACAUGCAUACUCCCGUACAGGUGGAAGGGUGUGCUGAUGGCCACGAUUCCCGAAGUGUUUAACAGCGAGUACAAAAAGCUCAUUGAAGCAACCAUCCCGUACCUGAUAGGAAUACGGGCCACUCGGUCAGAGAUCAAAGAAAUGGACAAAAACAUUCCUGAAAAAACAGUUAUAGCGUACGUGGACGAAGACAGGAUCGUGGUGCACGCAAAAACAAAAGAAAAAAAGAGCAUGCUGAAUAAAAUAUACAAAAAUAUGAACAACAGGCGGUCUAUCCCGUUCUACCAGAGCAUACUGAAACAGAUGGAGUUUAGGUGGCCAGUUCUGAAAGACCAAAUGAACAUCCUGAUGGAGGUGAUCAGCACAGAGGCUUGCUCAGCGAGGGAAAAGCUGAUCAGAAAACUUGCAGGCGAUAAGCAAGCGAGCAAGCUGAGAGACUUCAUCAACGGAUACUCUGACUAUUCUCGAGAGCUGCUCGAGUAUCUGCCCAGGAACAAAGAGUUCUAUGCAGAGUUCCUCGGCACCACGCUGUACAAUGAAGGAGUGAGCAAUGAAUACGUGCGAGAGGUGAAAGAGGACGGGCUGGACACAAGAGAUCUAGUGACUAUUAUAUGGAUCCUGUCCUUUGUGGCAAUUGAAGGCGUAAAGAAGAGCCCAAACCACCAGGAGAUUAGGUUCGUGGUGGAGGCAUUCCUUAUUAAGUACCUAAAACAGUCGUACCAGGCAGCUGACGCCUUGCUGAUCAACCUAUUCUCUGUUUUUUCUUCUCUAAACAUGUACGAUAUGAUCAUCUACGUAUCCUCGGUGCUGAACGACAAGGGCAUUCAGCUGACAGACGAAAUGUGUUCUGCGCUGGUUCCUUUAAUUCCCUCUGACACGGUGCAUGAGCUAAGAAAGGGAGGCUCGUACAUAAAUCCGUGGAACAGAAAAUCUGCACACAAAGAAGUAAAAGUGCCAGUGUGCGCGCACAGAAGUCUUUGGCACAAAAUGCCAUUUGUAUCAAGCAGCAUGGUAAAUACGCUAAGAAGCUAUGUGUGUGUAGAGAGAGAAGUCCUAGAAGAGAAAAACAGCGAGCAUCUAUUAAUGGUCUUAAACGCAUUUGAUAAAUACGACCUACCGUACUGA